AUGCGACCAGGAGGUAGUUCAGGGCAGAGUUCAUCGUCUUCAUCAUCAUUUGAAAAGACUCCCCGCGAACCCCAGGAAUAUCCCCUGGAAAGCCUGGACCAUGAUUCCGACAGUAGUAACUUCGUGGCGGUUCCUCGCGAGAGCUUCGAUUCCGCCAGGCUCGGCGACGAGGAACACAGCUCAGAGCCUCUUCUUCCAACGUUUGUUCAAUUGCCGCGCCCGGAAUUGAAAAGAGAAGAGCGUUUCCAAUGCACAGUGUCGGGGGUGAUUAACUGGGCGAAAGGCCCACCGCAGCCGCGGAAGUAUCAGAUAACGCCUUGGCUGCGGCGAUGGCAAACCGCUCCGGGGCGGUUGAUUGAUCGGUACUGUCCUAGUAAAAGGGCGAAGAUUGGGCUUCUUUUUUCUGUUGUGAUUGUGUGGUUUGUUAUUUUUCUUUCGGUUAUACAUAAAUCGGUUAAUGGCAUCGACGUGCCUGGAUAUGGAAAACCGGUUAAACUUGCAUGCCACGAUAGACUUUGGUCUAGUUCGACUUCUUGUGGAAUUAAUGGCGACAACUGUCGUCCCUUUGACAAAGAGGGAUUCGCCUUCCGCUGUCCGGCAGGCUGUUCGUUCUCCAUGGUGCUAGAACCAUACGUCGUGGGGCCCCAAGAGAUCAACUACCGGAGCUUGGUCGUUGGAGGCUCGAAUGGCAGUGAUGCGGGCGUCUAUCGUGGCGACUCGUUCAUCUGUCCGGCAGCAUUGCAUGCUGGGCUUAUUUCGGACCAGCAAGGAGGCUGCGGUAUCCUCCACCGUACAGGCGAGCAAAACGAUUUCCCAGCUGUGGAAAAGAAUGGUAUAUCGAGUCUGGGAUUCUCCUCGAAUUUCCCUCUCUCUUUCACCUUUGAUAAGGGCGGUGCACCAGGUGAUGCAGGUAUCGACUGUCCAGAUCUCCGGUGGUCACUGUUCACCUUUGCUGUAGCGAUCACUACCGUGCUCUCACUUUGCAUCUCUUCGCCUGCGGCCUUUUAUACUUCUAUCUUCUUUAUUGUAUACUUUCAAGUGGGGCUGUCUUCGGAUCCUCCUGAGUAUCCCAAUUACUAUGAAGUCGUAUCGACUGCGCUGGGUCGAUUCCUUCCCGCUGCUUUUGGUGGGUUCGCUAUAUACUACUAUUGCGUUCGACAAACACUGGCAGGACUCGAAGCCCACUGGGACAAAACAGUCCUAUGGCUCGGGGCUUGCUGGGUUGGAGCUCUGAAUACCGACACAUUCGACAAAAUCCCAAUUUCCCGUCUCACGCCGCAUGACAUCCAACAGCAACCAGGCGCAAUCCCGGCCCUAAUAACUAUUGUCACCAUCCUCGUUGCCAUUGUCAUCACCCAAGCCAUCGCCUUCCGAAAUGAAGGACGAAUGCCCAAAAUGCUGGGCGUGUAUGGCGUGUUGGUCGCUAGUGUCCUAAUUUUGCUGGUCGUACCAAACAUGAACCUACGAAUCCACCAUUACAUCCUCAGCUUACUCUUCCUCCCGGGGACAACCAUCCAAACCCGCCCUUGUCUCCUCUACCAAGGCCUCCUGGUAGGUCUAUUCAUCAACGGCAUCGCCCGCUGGGGCUUCGACAGCAUCCUCCAGACACCAGGAGCUCUUCUCGAUGGGGCGCAGCUUGGCUCGCCUCUCCCUGAAAUUGCAGCGCCUUUGAUCAUGUCUAGCCGGAACAUCCUUUUCAACUUACCAGAUCUGCUUGCGGCAGAUGCUGAAGGGAUCAGCGUGUUGGUGAACGAUGUCGAGAGGUACCUUGGGUUCCGGGAGGAAGACGGGACGGUGGAUGCGUUUAACUGGACUAGGCAGAGAGAGGGGGAUGCAGAGUACUUCCGGUUUGGAUUUAUCAAGUUGAACUCGUUGGGAGGCUUUUGGUAUGAAGAUUUUACGGACCCGGUUAUUUGGGAAGGCGACGGAAAGUGGAACGAGACAUUUCCUCUUACUUAG